AGGCAUAGAGUGCUGUGCUGAGCAGCACUCUGCUGAACUGGACUCUUUCAUUUGAUCAUGGUCAAGGUGUUCACCGAAAGAGACGUUACCCAUGCUGCAGAAUGGAUAUCAGUGAUUCCAGAGAAUGUGACAGCAUGUCCAAGUCUCUUGAAAUGUAUUACCUUUCCACCAUGUAUACUUUUGAGUUCAUACUUGGCAUCAUCGGCAAUGGUAUUGUUGUUUUUGGCUACAUCUUCUGCCUCAAAACCUGGAGAAGUGGCAAUAUCUACCUGUUCAACCUGACGCUGUCAGAUUUUGCAUUCCUGUGCACUCUUCCUCAGCUUGUGUCAAGGUACUCAAAAGGUAUGUCAUCCCAUGAGAACACCUGGUGCCAAAUCAAUCGAUUUCUUUUGCAUGGCAACUUGUACACAAGUAUCCUUUUCCUUACUUUAAUUAGCAUUGACCGAUACCUGCUCAUGAUGUAUCCAUUAAGAAAUCACUUCUUACAAAAGAGAAGCAUGGCCCUUGUUCUCUCCAUCGUUAUAUGGGUCUUGGUUACCGUGGAACUGUCACCCAUGUUCAUCUUCAUUGGAACUCAGAACACAACAGAGAGUGAUCAAUGUAUGGAUUAUGCAAGUUCAGGAGAUGCAGUCCAAAGCCUUAUCUACAGUAUGAGUUUGACAGUCAUUGGUUUUAUCAUUCCCUUGUGCGCCAUGUGGAUUUUUUACAUGAAGACUCACACUUUCCUUAAGAGCCACAGAUCCCAGUUUGCUGGUGCCCUGACACUUGAGAAGCCCCUCACUUUAAUCGUUAUGGCUGUGACGAUCUUUUCACUGCUCUUUACUCCCUACCACAUCAUGCGCAAUGUUAGGAUUGCCUCUCGAAUAAAAUUCUGGACAGUCUCCCCAUGCACAAGCGAUCUUAUCAAAGCGGUCUACAUUCUUACAAGGCCGGUUGCCUUUUCGAACAGCGUAAUUAACCCCAUCUUUUAUUUCUUAAUGGGAGAUCACUUCAGGGAAAUGCUGAUGAAUAAAGUGAGGCACUUCUUUAAGUGGUUCACAACUUGCUGCAGAUUUAACUUUUGGACUGAUAGAACACAAAGGAGGCUGAACAGCACUGAUUUGUACGUUCUUCAGUAGAACCUUUCUACGGAAGCUUUGAAUUUCCCAGGUUUCGUAGCAAUCUGUAUGUGGAUAACAACAGUUGCUAUGGCUUCCUUCAAGUAUCUGAACUCAUGUGCAAAAAACAAUUUUGUGGAUUAAAUUAAAGAGGAGAACUUGCUCCUUCUCAUGCAUAAAACAAGCUAUGGGGGGCCCACUCCGAAUGUCACUUGAUUCAUCUCAUUAGUGAAAUUUGUAAGGGGAGUUUAAAUUUCUUAGAUAUUCUGCGGCAGUAUGUUUGUCUUCUUCGGAUUUAUAGAGCUCAGAUUGUAUAUGUAACUUAAGGCAGUCAUAUGCCACCAUGAGCAAGAACAGAAGCACUAUCCCACUCUGUUCUCUGCAUGAAUGCCUUUGUGAGCACACAACCCAUAAAGAGUCUUGGUUCUGCCCUUCAAUCAUUUCCACUUUGGUUCUGAAGAGACACUGGGAAUCAAUAACACAGGGCUGGUUUUAACACUGGGGAGGGUGAGGAUGUCAGCUCAGGCGGCAAAUACUGGGCUUCACAGAGCAGUGGCAAGUAGUGGAGACACAGCCAUACAUGUGAUAUGCAGUCUGCUUUGUGCCCCAUAAACUACUUUGUUGUCAUCAGUUGCACUGGAGGAUGUUGUCCUGUCACCAGUGUUAAAAUGAAACUGAAGUACAAUGGUGCCUCGCUAGACAGUUACGCCGCGUGAUAGUUUUUUCGCUAGACAUUGACUUUUUCCGAUCGC